GGCACAAUGAAGAAGAUAUUUAGAUGCAGCUAAUCCAGUAAAUAGUACUUAUUUAGCAUCAUUAACGAAACAAGAGAGUUUACUUACAGUGUCUGGAGGUUAUCCACUGUAAUGGUGAAGCUGAGGGCGAGAUGUCUGCUUGCCGGAGAUGCAGCAGUGGGGAAAAGUGCCCUUUCUCAUAUGUUCCACAGUGAUGGUACUCUCUUCCAGAAGAACUACAGCAUGACAACUGGAGUGGAGCUGCUGAUGAAAUGUGUCAACAUCCCAGAGACCAAUGACAGCGUGGAGCUCUACAUAAUAGACUCUGCAGGGAAGGAGACAUUAGUGGAAGCCUGCGAGAAAAUGUGGGGUGAGCUGUCGCUGCUGUGCCUGGUUUUUGACCUGACCAGUGAGCAAUCUUUUGCCAACUGCAGCGGCUGGAUGGAGAGAGUCCGUGCCCACUGCCAAGGUCUCCAGGUUCCAGGUGUGCUGGUGGGCAACAAGUCAGACCUGUCUGCCAGAAGGGAGGUACAGGCAUCCGUGGCCCAGGAAUGGGCCCAGAGCCAGGGGUUGGAGUACCACGAGACAUCAGCCAGGGAGAUGGAGAACUGCGACGCGCCGCUCCUCAGUUUAGCCCGGGCCUUCCACUCUCUGUAUCAAGAACGCCGGGAGACCAUCCAGAACCUAAGUCCAGGCUAGACCCAUUCCCGCUCGCACUCACACACACACACACACACACACACACACACACACACACACACACACACACACCUUGACUUUUCACCAGUGGGAUAGUAGGCACAGGAUAUCUGUUCAGAGACUUUAAUAAGCUUUAUGGAUAAUACAUGUGAGGAUGUGAGGCAAUUCAAAGAAACCCUGUGUUCUUUUGUACCAGCCUUGUUCAGAAUAUUUUUAUACGCCAUUGAAUAAAGUAGUUUUUCUUUGACA